CCCUUUAAAUUCUGCAACUCAGAGAUUCACACAGAAGCCUGGACACAAUUCAGAAGAGCCACCCAGAGGGAGACAACAAUGUCACUGCUAUCCGUGCCACACACAGAGUCUGUGUCCUUGUCUACUGGAUCUACUGUGACAAUCAAAGGGAGACCGCUUGUCUGUUUCUUCAAUGAACCACAUCUGCAGGUGGAUUUCCACACCGAGAUGAAGGAGGACUCAGACAUUGCCUUCCAUUUCCAAGUGUACUUUGGCAAUCGUGUGGUCAUGAACAGCCGUGAGUUUAAGAUCUGGAAGGAGGAGGUGGAAUCCAAGAAUAUGCCCUUUCAGGAUGGCCAAGAAUUUGAACUGAGCAUCUUGGUCCUGGAAGAUAAGUACCAGGUAAUGGUCAAUGGCCAAGCCUAUUACAACUUUAACCAUCGAAUCCCGGUCAGUUCUGUGAAGAUGGUGCAAGUGUGGAGAGAUAUCUCUCUGACCAAAUUUAAUGUCAGCAAUUGAAAGAGAUAACCAGACUUCAUGUUGUCAAGGCAUCUCUGAUCUACGUGAGCAUGGGAUUCCCAAAGCCAGCUAACGGCGUGAUCUUUUCUCACUUCAAUCCUUACUUUUGCUCAUUAAAACUUAAUCCAACUUCACA